UGGGAGAGGUGGAGAGGGAGUGGGAGAGGUGAGGGAGUGGGAGGGGUGGAGAGGGAGUGGGAGAGGUGGUGAGGGAGUGGGAGAGGUGGUGAGGGAAUGGGAGGUGGUGGAGUGGGGGGGGUGUGGAGGGAGUGGGGGGGUGGGGAGGGAGUGGGAGAGGUGGUGAGGGAAUGGGAGGGGUGGUGAGGGAGUGGGAGGUGGUGAGGGAGUGGGAGGUGGUGAAGAGGGAAUGGUGGAGGUGGUGAGGGAAUGGGAGGGGUGUUGAGGGAGUGGGAGGUGGAGGAGAGGGAGUGGGAGAGGUGGAGAGGGAGUGGGAGAGGUGAGGGAGUGGGAGGGGUGGAGAGGGAGUGGGAGAGGUGGUGAGGGAGUGGGAGAGGUGGUGAGGGAAUGGGAGGUGGUGGAGUGGGGGGGUGUGGAGGGAGUGGGGGGUGGGGAGGGAGUGGGAGAGGUGGUGAGGGAAUGGGAGGGGUGGUGAGGGAGUGGGAGGUGGUGAGGGAGUGGGAGGUGGUGAAGAGGGAAUGGUGGAGGUGGUGAGGGAAUGGGAGGGGUGUUGAGGGAGUGGGAGGUGGAGGAGAGGGAAUGGUGGAGCUGGUGAGGGAGUGGGAGGGGUGUUGAAGGAGUGGGAGGUGGUGAGGGAGUGGGAGGUGUUGAGGGGGUGGGAGGUGGUGGAGAGGGUGGGAUGGGACCUGUCUCCCGGGACAUCCACCCCAGACCCUUUCAUUGUGAGGCUGAGGGAGAGAGCACAGUUGUGUCACUAAACACUCAAUUAUCUUCCUCUCACUCUGACAACUGCCUCUCCCCCCUCUCCCUCCCACACACCCCACUUUCUCUCCCUCAGUACCUCAACUCAGAGAUGGAGGUAGGUCCUUGAACUUCCUGUCAUCAACCUCCUCCCUCCCCCUCAACACUCACCCCUUCCUCCUCCCUCCCCCUCAACACACCCCUCCUUCAUCAUCCCUUUCCUCAACACUCACCCCUCCUUCCUCAUCCCUCACCUCUCCCUCAUCUUCUCUCAACCCUCACCCCUUCCUCACCAUCCUUCAUCCUCUCCUCAACACUCACCCCUCCUCAUUGCCCCCUCAACACUCAUCCCUCACUUUCCCUACUCUUUUCCUCCCCAUCCUUUGCCCCUCUAUCCCUCCCUCCACCCAUGAACCUCACUCCCUCCUCCUUGCCUCGAUCCCUCCUCGUCCCUGUCCUCAUCCCCUCUCCCUUCUCACACUCCCCCCCCCUUUCACCAAUCCCUCCUCCUCCUCCACCCACUCCUCCAUUCCCUUCGCUCUCCAGCACACUUCUCCCUCCCCUUCCUCUCCAUUGUCCUUCCCUCCUCCUCCUCGCCUUGAGUCUCCCUCCCUCCGCUGACGUGCCCAUCUUCAGUCCCAGCAGAGGCCGAGUGCCGAGGGCACGGGGGCCAUGUCCGAGCUACGGGAGGCGUUGAGGGCGCUGAGGGAGGAGCGGGAGCUGACCCGGAUCCUGGGGUCCCGCCUCGAGCAGUCGGCGCUCGGGCAACGCCAGCUGGAACAGGUAGGGGCCCCGCCCGGAACGGGGGGAGCGAGCUGGAAGGCCAAAGAUUUGCGGGCAGGGGUUGGAGGUGAGCAGAGACGGAGGAGGAGGAGGGAGGCGGGAGUCCAGGUGAGGAGUUGGAGAUGGGUGGAGGCAGAGGGGUAAUUGUGAGGGGGUUAAUGGGAAGGGAGAGGUGGAGGUUUGGGGUAACCUGGGCUCAGGUGCAUGAACCCUGACCCUGUUCAGUUACAGAUGGAGGCGGAGGAGAGGAAGAGGGAGCGAGACCUGCUGAAAGAGGGUUACGAUGUGCUGGUGGCGAGUUCUUUGGAACCGGAGCUGGAACAGAGGAACCGUGAUCACCGCAUCCGACAGCUGGAGAUGGACCUGCAGGGGGCGCUUCAGAGCCAGCAGGAAACGCACAGCAAGCUCCAACAAGAAAUGGAAACGAGUGAGAGGCUGAGGCGUGAGGUGGCCCGCCUACAGCUGGAGGUCUCCGCAAGAGAAGGGCCACAGGGAGACCCCACUCUCCCUGCCCAGGUCACCCAACAGCAGCUGAAACCUGAGAAACCCAAGCCUGGGCUCUUGGGCGGCAGACUUGGCUGGUGGAUGGAAGAGGAGACGUCUGGCCGGGAGUUGCUGGAACUGCGGGCGGUCCACGCGGAGACGGUGCAGGAGCUGUCGAAGACGCGGACCCUGUUACUAACACAGAGCCAGAUCUCACAGCACUGCCAGUCGGAGGUGGUGCUGCUCACCCAGCAGUGGGAGUCAGAGAGACGGACCAUUACCGACCGCCUGCAGAACCGCGAGAGGCUACUGGAGCUGAGGGCGGCUCAGACCCGCGCACUGGAAGAUCGACUGGUGAAGGUUUACGGACCCUGGGGACUGGUCCAGCAAGGGUCUGAGGAGGCCGGUCAGCGAGCGUCCGAGGGCGCGGCGGACACGAGGCUGUUGGAGAUCCGGCUGAUCCAGGCAGAGCUGCAGCCCCGGACGCUGCGGAGACUGGGCGACCCGUCCCCCGUCACCUUCUGCAGCCAUGGCCUGUACGACUUCGCCACCCAGUGCACGGAGCUGGGACGAGGUCGCUGCCCGCGCUACCGCAGCGCCUGUCUGUACGCCGUCCCGGGCCAGCGGGGCUUCCUGCGCUACCUGCGGGACGCCAGCCUGCGGGUGGAGAUGCACCGGGCCUGGGGCGCAGACGUGCAGACGCUGGGCAGCGCCCGUCUGGGGCUCCGGCGGCUGUUGGAGGAGGGCGGCACCGUCUGGGGCAAGGCCCCCAUCGAGGACGCUGGUCCCUCUGCUCGCCUGAUUGGCUGGCUGGAGUACAUGAUGAGACUCACCCUGCCGGAGAACGAGGGCAUCGGAUUGGAUGAGAAGGGAGAUCCCCAGUGGAUCUACCUCCCCACGGAGAGCCACCAGCCAGAUCCCACCCAGAUCCGCGCCCGUCUCCAUCCCGAGCUUCACGGACGGUCAGUCACGGAGAGGCCGGCACGGAACAGAGGAGCACGGGAAGAAACCAGACAAACUGUGGAUAUCGAGACGCAGACGCCAGAUGACAGGGAGACGCAGUCGUCUGACAGCGAUGAGCUGAUCCACUUCCCACUGAGUCGCCCGAGACCGGAGGAUCAGCGUCUGCGGAUCGAGGUGCUGUGGCUCUCUCUCCAUCCCGACUGCCCCCCAGCCAGGGACCCCGACGUCCGGCAGCUCUUCGUGGAGUUCUGGCUUCCGGGGGUGGCCGGGGACGAGACUCCCACCUCCCUGCCCACUCCCCGCCGGGGGGAGAUGAUAUACUACCACUGGAGUAGGGUUAUUCCCCUGGACCCAGAGCACGACGCCCAGCAGCGGCAAUUCCUGUACGCGCACCUGCAAGGAGGGGAGCCCGGCCUUGGCAGGUUGCAGUUCACGGUGGUGAGCGAGCCGCUGGAGGAUGAUGGUGAAUGCGUGGAUAUUGGAUAUUCCCACAUCCCGUUGGCUAGGAUCCAUGAAACCGGACAGGACAUCAUUCAGCAGGAGUUUGACAUUUUGGAUGCCAGCCAAGAGGCGGAAGUCAUCGGAACACUCUCCCUCUCUGUGGAGGGAGCACCAGCUCUUCGCGCCAUCUCCACCGAGUUCUCCAGCAAGGCCGUGAACUCCGUCUGUCGGAACGUCCUGGGUUGAUGACACGGCACCCCAGGCCCUUCCCUGAUCUCUUCCUCUCGACCCUCUGACCAUAUGCUGCCACCUCCCUCCAAAUGCUUGAGGUUCGGUGGCGGCUGGACCUCAACCCCACCCACCCCUCGCUGAGGAGAUUUUCUUCCAAGUCCUUGGUCUGUGACUGGGACACCUGGAUGUAUAGGUCCUACCCCCUACCCCAUUCAGCAGAUCUUUUUCCCUUUGUCUACAGAUACACCCCCCACCCCGCCCCGCCCCAGUGAAGGUGUUAGGCUUUGAGUACAGGAGUCGGGAAGUCCUGUUGCAGUUGCACAAGGUGUUGAUGAGGCUGCACUUGGUGUACUGUGUUCAGUUUUGUAAAGUUAUUUAACUAGAAAAGAUUUACCAGGAUGGACUUGGGGGACCUGUCUUAUAAGACCAAGAUAUUAUUCCCUGAAACACGGGAGAUUCGUAGGAUGAUAUCAUGUAAGAUCACAAGAGCUUAGGGUGAAAUCACUCUUUAUCCCCGGGGGUGGGGAUGCUAAAGAGGUAUAGAUUGAAGGUCAGAGUUGAGAGAUUUAGAAGGGACAUCAGGGGCAGCUUUUCCACACAGCAUUUGGAAGGAGGUGCUAGAAAUAGUGGUUGAGGUGGGCUCAUUAGCAACAUUUAAAAGAUGACCAAUGGAUAGGAGAGGUUUCGAGGGGCCUGGGCAGGUGGGACUAUCUCCCUGGGCAAGUUGGGCUGGAAGACCUGUUUCCAUGUUGUAUGCCCAAGAUAAAUAGGGAAUAGUCUGGAAACUAUAGACAACGGUCUUAUGUUAGUGGUAGGACUGAUGAGCAUUUGGAAAACCAUGGCCUGAUCCAGGUCAAUUGGCAGGGCAGGUCACAUCUUACUAAUUGGAUUGAAAGUUUUGAGAUGGUGAAGGUGACUGAUGUUGGAAGGGCUAUGAACAUUGCCUGCAUGGGCUUUAGUAAGGAGUCCGACCAGGUCCCUCAUGGGAGGCUCAUCCUGAUGGACGGGAUCCACAGUGAAUUGUGUGUUUGGAUUCACAUUGUUUGCCCCUAGAGAGGGUAGUAGUGGAUGGGACUUAUUCUGACUGGAGGGUCCAUGACUGGUGGUGUUCCACAGGGAUCUCUGAGGUUUCUGAUAUAAGUAGCCCAGAUGAAAAUAUAGACGGGUGGGUAUGUGGAAACACAACUGAAAAAAGGAGCUAGUGCUUUCUUAGCGUGUAUGAUGAAUAAAUGCUUCUUGGGCUUCCAGCUGGGUACAAAUAUCAAUUAUAACCGAUGUUUUGAUGACAAACUCUGCCACCUGUACUGUUGAAGGUGGCUGCGUUUUGUCAUCGAAAUGUCGGUUAUAAUUGAUACCUGUACCCGGAUGGAAGCCAAGAAGAGUUUAUUCAACUCUAGUAACAGUAUUGUGGAGAGUGCAGAUUGCCAAAGGAUAUAGCAGGAUAUCCCUUGCCCUCUCUCUCCGUGGCACUGAGGUUAUGAAAAUAGCCCUGGCUGCCGUACCUGCCAGAACGAUGAACUGGUAAGCGAGGGUUUGCACCUACUUUGGGGUUCAGAAUAUUGUUCACUUCAUGUGUUUUUUUCUCUUGCACAGUAGGUGUUGGUCUUUUAUUUUUAUUGUAGUUUUUCUUUAAUUGGGUUCUUACUUUAUGGCUGCCUGUAAGCAGACACAUCUCAAGGUUGUAUAAUUUAUACAUUCUUUGAUAAUAAAUGUACUUUGUAUAUCGA